AUGCGAACGAUCUUAUGUCUCCUAUAUCUCUUUUGCCUAGAAACCACUCAAACUGACGAUCAAUCAGCAGUUGCCCAAAUUGCCUCGUUCUUCCUGCGAGCGCGGGAUACGUGCCUUUACGCAGGCGCUUUGCACAUGCUGCUCCUUGCUGGAGAACGCCUCCUCGCUACGGCCAAAUCAAAGACCUACGAGACUGAGCGUCACCAUUCCGUCUUCAUUGUGGCCAUCUCCAUUAUGUGGAUCGCUUCGAUUAUUAUGAUGUUCUACCUGAAAAAUGGGAAAAUCACGCAAUAUAUCUUUGCUGGGUUGUACGCUGUAUCGGAUCUGAUUGCGAUCAUGCUAAUGCUAAUUGUCAAUCGUCUUAACUAUCACAAUUUUGUGGCAAAACAGGGCACCCUCGAGAUCAGUGAGGGCUAUCAGAUCCGGGAGAACGUGAGCACCUCCAUGUUGUUGAACCGCGCAUUCGUGGUCAUGGUGAUCAUGACGUUGUCAGGUCUCACAUCAUACUUUGGAUACAUCUAUUUCGAGAAUGAGCUCUAUCGACGCGUUUUUGGCUUCUUAUUUGAUGUGACCGUCGCUUUGCCGACAGUUGUGAUACCUAUGAUGCUGCUGGUUGGAAACGAGAAAAUGAGAAAAAUAGGAAAGCGUAUAUUGAAGCAGAAAACGAAUGGACGGCCAUCUCCGGUCAGCCACGAGUCAAAAACCCAUUACGUGGACUUUCAGGGCAAUAAGGUGCCGCUGAGGGUAGAAGACGAGCAGGCGGCGUAUUUUUCGCUCUACCAAUCACAAUGGGAGCAGGCCGUUCCCUUGAAAAAGAAGAUCGCUUUA